CUUUAGUCCUGUUAAUCGAGACUCCGUGAUUUUUCAAGACGCAAAUUACGAAUUUUUUUUCAAAAUGAAGUGGUCUGUGGUAGCUCUGGGCCUCCUGGCCUCCUCAGUGUCAGGACACAUCCAAAUGUCCAAUCCGUAUCCGCUUCGCAGUCCAUUGAACAAGGAUGGAAGCGGCCAGAAGGAUUACUCGUACACCAACCCGUUGUCCACCGAUGGCUCCGACUAUCCGUGCAAGGGCUACGCCAAGGACGAAUUCAAAUCGGUGGCAGACUACAGCCCCGGCCAAGAGUACGAUCUGGAACUGCAAGGGAGCGCGACUCACAAUGGCGGUUCCUGCCAGAUCGGCCUGUCCUACGACCAGGGCAAGACGUUCCGUGUGAUCCACACGAUGCUGGGUGAAUGUCCCCAGGCCAAAAAAUACAAGUUCAAGAUCCCCCAAGAUGCCAAGUCCGGCGAGGCCCUCCUCUCCUGGUCCUGGUUCAACAAGGUGGGCAACCGUGAGAUGUACAUGAACUGCGCGCAAGUCACCAUCGGUGGCGGCCACUCCAAGCGCGAGCGGUCCACCCAGUCCUUAAACCGUCGCGGCGGUUUCGACAGCCUGCCCGAAAUCUUCCAGGCCAACAACAACGGCCCGGGCAAAUGUCGCACCAUCGAAGGCCAGGCCGUCAAUUUCCCCCAGCCGGGGCCCUCCGUGGAGGGCAAGGCUGGAAGUGACAAGGGCUACAAGUGCGAAGGAAGCGCGCCGUUCCUGGGGUCCUCCCAUUCCGUGAAUACUAGCUCCAACUCCACGAGCUCAUCGGCCGCACCCUCAUCGUCCCAUGCCUACAUGACUUCUGCUUCCGGCGUGGCCACCUUCUCUGUCAAACCUUCCUCUGCUGCGUCUUCUUCCGCCGUGCCUUCUUCCGCUGCGCCUUCGUCUGCCUCCCCGCCGUUCAGCCACGGCCCCGCGACGCACGAUUCCCACGGACCAGCACACUAUCCGUUUUUCAACAGCAUCGCAAACAGUUUCGCACACAUGUUCCACCCUGGCCGGUGUGUAGACGGUACCAUCAUCUGCAAGCCUGAUGGCCUGUCGUGGUCCAUGUGUGAUCAUGGCGCUCCCCAUUUCAUGGGCGCCGUGGCCCCCGGUACCAUCUGCCGCCAUGGCCGCAUGUACGCGCUGUAGACCAUCUUUUAUUUUCUUUUCUUUUUCUCGUUUGUGAUUUGGAGGUCAUGGAUCAGGGCUGUUCUUACUGUGGCCACAGCGCCAAAUAUUAUAUCCAAUCUUUUUUGUUCUUCCCUUAUGUCUUGUUACAAUAGUUUUUUGUGUCUUGGUCCAGAUUUGAGUAUUACUGUGCACAGUGUCUUUACUUGUUUUACUUCGGAGUUUGAUUUUUGAAUUGACAAGCUUCUUCUCAUUUUUUCGCAGUUGUAUAGUAUAAUCGUCCAUCGUAAGUCUCUUCUUUACGGAGUACUAUGUUCUGCGUUCAGAACAUGACAGCCAUGUGAAAUAAAGAUUCAUACAUGGAGUAUUCCAUAUAAUAAUUGACCUAUUCCCC